AUGGGGCGACUCGAGUAUGCAGCCGACGAGGAAGAUCGCGAUCAAGCGGCUCGAAGAGAGAGUAACGACGAGGACGAGGAGCCAAGGGCGCCGGAGGAGGGGGCGGAGGAAAAUAGGGGUUCAGGGGAUGAGGAGAGCGAUGACGAGUUGGGGCAUGAACGGCCGGCUGCGAUUGAAUUCGGUGCUGUUAUGGGAGAAAUGGCGGGAGAAGACGAUAACGAGGAUGACGACAACGAUUCGGACGAUGCGCCCGAGGAGUUCACUCUGUCGCAGGGACGCGAGCGGGUGUCGCAGCAGCGCCAACAGGAGGCGGAAGCCCGCCGCAUGGUCGCCAAGGCUGACAGAAAGGUUCGGCAAAAGCGAGCAGGCUUGGUAGCGAAGGGAGAGGAGGGGGAGGGAGAGGAAGAGGGAGAGGGCGAGGAGCGGCGGGGCAAGGAGGCGGAGAGGAAGGCGAAGCGCAGGCGCGAGCUGGAGGGACGCGCGGAGAGGCGCACGCGGCGAAAGGGCGCGGUGGAGGGGGGAGACGAGGCGGCGGGGUCGCUGGUACCCGCAGAGGCGAGGGGCGGUGCUCGGGAGGAGGGGACGGUGGGGGGUGCGGGUGCGGGCGAGGAGGAGGGGGAGGGCGCGGUGGAGGGGGGCGCGGUGGAAGGGGGCGCGGUGGAGGGGGGCGACUUUCUUCCCGCGGACGUGAUUGCUGCCGUCACACGGCGCCAGCACACCAGGUUCACAGAAGCGCAGGAGGAGAGGUCACGGUCAGCCGUGAGGGAGAAGAAGCAGCGAGCGGGGCGGGGCGGCAGCAGGGGCAAGGACAGCCACACAUCAGCUGUCAUCGGCACACGGUGGGUGCUGCGGCAUGCGGUGGGUGCUGCGGCAUGUGGGUGGGUGCUGCGGCAUGCGGGUGGGUGCUGCGGCAUGCGGGUGGGUGCUGCGGCAUGCGCUGCUGAGCUUGCUCUCCCACCUCCAUGCCAAUCACUGCUCCUCUUCUUCCCAAAGUCCCAGUCGGACGGGGCCAUAGUCAUCCAGGCAGGCGCGCCGGCGCCGGAGGGCGAGGAGGCAGCGCGGGCCAUCAUGCGCGCCGCACAGAGCUUUCGGCACGGGGUGCUGUUUGGGCGGCGGCAGCGAUCACUUGCAGCGCUGGGGUUUGUGGACCCCACGGUGCUCAAGGUGGCGGGGCAGUGGCGCGCCCACAAGCAUCUUGUGGCGGGAGGUGUUGGGGGAGCGGGCGUGCAGGGGGGUGUGGGGGCGCGGAAGGGAGGCGGCAAGCGCAACGGGAGGGGCCGUGGUGGCGCUAGGCGGUGA